AUAUUGGAGCAACGCAGUUCGAUGAUAACAGAUGAGCGGGACGCCAGCUGACAACAAGAGGAUUUAAAAUCGGCCAGGAUCGGAAAUUACUUACAAUACAGGUCGCUGAGAAGCAAACCAGCAGAUGCAGUAGACGGCUGGCGCCAUGGCCUCAGAUGCAAGUCACAUGUUAGAAGCAGCCUUGGAACAAAUGGAUGAUAUUAUUGCUGGUUCCAAGGCUGCGGUGGAGUUCAGUAACGGGCUCUAUGACCUGGGCUCUCCUGUGAGUGUCGGGCCCCUGCAGGUUCUCCAGCUGGCUGAGGAGCUGAGACUGACACUGGAGCUGCAGGUCGGGGACGAGGACCGCAAGUCACUGCGCUCCCAGCUGCCCUGCACCACCGCACAGAGCCUCAUGGAGUGGCUGGAGAAAGGAUCGGUUAACCUCCAGUCCUCGAGCAACAAUGAGACCUAUCAAGAACGGCUGGCGAGAUUAGAAGGGGACAAAGAGUCUCUGGUUCUCCAGGUGAGUGUCCUCACUGACCAGGUUGAAGCUCAAGGAGAAAAGAUCAGAGAUCUGGAAAGUUCCCUGGAAGAACACCACCACAAACUCAUUUCCACUGAGGAAAUGCUCCAGCAGGAGCUCUUCAGCCGAACCUCACUGGAGACGCAGAAACUGGAACUGGUGGAUGAAGUUUCCUAUCUGAAACUCAAGCUUGUCGGCAUGGAGGAGGAACACAACCACAUAGAUGAAGAGAACAAACAUCAUAAAGCAGAGAGUGUGGUUAAUCUAAUUAGUGAACUACAGGAGCAGAUGUGUAAAUUCCAGGAGGAAAUCAGCAAUCGCAUUCAGGAGCAGAGGGCCCUGGAGAGCAUGGGGGACAGUAGCACACGCGAGGCUCUCGACCAGAGCCCCGAUGUGGGCCUUGGUGCCUCGGACGCUGAGGAAUGCAGCUGCCGCUGUAGAAGCGGAGGAGAGAAUGCAUUGCUACAAGAGCUUCGCCUUUUUAAGAACAAAGUUGAAGAACUGGAGGGAGAGAAAUCGCAAUAUGAGAGGAAGCUCAAAGCCACAAAGCUUUCUAUCACCUAUUCCCUCCAUGUCUGUUACCAGUCGCUCAUGACCAAACUUUCUACCCUGAAGCUCACGGUCGAGCACACUCAGGUAGAACGACAGCAUUGGGAGGAGCGCUGUCGGACAGCUCAGACUGAGAUUGCCAAACUCCAGCAGCUGCUUUCUACGAAAGAUGCAGAAAUCGAGUGUCUACAGAGUCAGCUUCUGUCCCGAGGAACCAUCAACAAUGACAUCACAGAGAGAGAGGAAGUGUAUAAGAAAAAGCUGAGAGACAAACAUCAAGAGUUACAGCGGUUAAAAACUGGAAUGGAGACGCUGAUAGCUGCCAAUAAUGAAAAGGAUCGCCACAUAGACGAACUCAAUGUUCUUUUGGGCCAGUACAGAAAAUUGAAGGAUGGCUUGGCCCUUUCUCAAGUGACCAACGAUACGUUGCUGUCUGGCAGCAGUGAAGAGGAUCUUUCUGGCAACCGAAAAAUAAGAGCCCUGACCCAUAGAGUGUACUCGGACAUCAUCAGAUCAGAACUGCAGAUGUCUUCCCGAGGCCCGUCGCCACUCCUGGUCUCUCCUCCAUGUCUUCAGAGGGAACUGGACUCCAGCUGUCACAGUAUACAGCCCUCCAUGGAGACCUCGAUGGUAUCCAUUGGCGAUUUGGGCUUUUACAGCAGACAAUGGUCAAUGCAGCGAAUGCUGUCCACCAGCUUGGAAGAGCUCCAAAGUGGAAGCUUACAGAUGCAUGUAGUGGGCCAACCAGUAGAGGCUGUUUUAGAGAACCGAUAUAAUCCAGAAAAUAACAAAUACCAGACGCUCCCGGGCAAGUUUAGUCGUCCAGAGCAGAAUGGAGUGAGACUUCUGGCGUCUUCCCCACUACAGCUGUCUCCUGAUGAAAGUGAAGACAGUGAAUUCAACCUAAGGCCGCGGGGAAAGCAUGAUCACUUUGUGGUUGGAAAGACCGAGAAGACAGAUGACUCAACCUUGUCUGACCUUUCGCCAAUGUCAUCUGGAGUAGAAUCAGGUCAACAGUCCCCUGUUUCACCAGAGCACAAGAAGAACCAGAAAGGCAUCCGAAAACUGUGGGGAAAGAUCAGGAGAACCCAGUCUGGCAGUCUUCCAGCUGACGGUUCGGAUUCGGAUUUUAAGAGAGGGGGUUUCAGAGCCACGGCUGGCCCACGACUCGCCUGCCUGGGCAUCGGUUCUUCAGCACGUGACAUGAACGCCCCCUUCUCGAAAUGGUCAUGUGAUCAGGUGUGUGCAUGGAUGGAGGACUCCGGCAUGGGUCAGUACGUGAAUAUGGCCAGACAGUGGGUGACUAGCGGUCAGACUCUACUCUCUGCCUCUUCGCAGGAUGUAGAGAAGGAUCUGGGAAUUAAACAUCCACUACACAGGAAGAAGCUCCAGCUGGCUCUGCGCUCCUUCAGCACCAAAAUCACAGAGAAAUCCUCUGAACUCGACCACAUCUGGGUCACACGAUGGCUGGAUGAUAUCGGAUUACCGCAGUAUAAAGACCAGUUUCAUGACGGACGUGUGGACGGUAGAAUGCUGCAGUACUUGACAGUGAAUGAUCUGCUGUUCAUGAAAGUCACCAGUCAACUUCAUCAUCUCAGCAUCAAGUGUGCUAUCCACGUCCUACAUGUAAACAAGUUCAACCCCAACUGCCUCAAAAGAAGACCUGGAGAUGAGAAUAAGACAUCCCCUUCUGAGGUCGUCCAGUGGUCCAAUCACCGUGUGAUGGAGUGGCUCAGAUCAGUUGACCUGGCAGAAUACGCCCCCAACCUGAGAGGCAGCGGAGUGCAUGGAGGACUUAUAAUCUUGGAACCUCGUUUUAACUCCGACACCCUUGCGCUGCUCCUGAACAUCCCCCCGCAGAAGACUCUGUUGAGGAGGCACCUGGCCACUAAUUUCAACACGCUGGUGGGCUCUCAGGCUCAGCAAGAGAAACAAGAGUUCCUGGAAUCAUCAAGCUACACGCCACUAACCACCACCGCAAAAGUCCGGGCACGUAAAAUAGGCUUCUCCAGUUUUGGCCACCGCAAGAAGCGCGCUGACGACUCCACAGACUACAUCUGCCCUCUGGAUGCAUCCCAAGCCCAGGCCCUGCUCAACGGGGCCAACCGGCCCUACAGCGGCUUCAGGGGCCUGAGCCCCAUCUUCGACAGGGACCCAGAGAGGCGGGAGCAGGUGGGAGCUCUACAGAUCUGACGCUUGCACCCAUAUCCCACAAAACCACGGCAACCUCCCAACGACACCCUGCUUCUGUUCAGUGCCAUUUUCUAACACCCCCAGCAUCCUUCAUUGACGGACACUAGACCGCAGUACGGACACUGCGGAAAGACUUGGAUCCAAGGGUUUAGUACAUCAUCUCACAAGGGAAACAGGGUUUAGUUGAACGCUUUUCCCAGAAUAGUGCCACUUCACCUGUGAUGAUACGGUCGACUCUAUAAUUUUUUUUGUGGAUCGUAAAAAAUGUAUUGAGAUUUAAAAGUAUUCCAUUUUUGUAACCCAACACCUACUGUUUCAAAAGACAGUGUGUACUAUCUUGUGCAAUAUUUGCAUAUUUUAGAGUUAUUUAAUGGUUUAUUUAUGGUGAAUUUUUAAGAGGCAUACAGACUACUACUUAAAUGCUCAGCAGCAGCAGCAGCGCAUUUUGACUAAUCUGAUGGUUAUUUUCAUACAAUGAAAUGCACAAGAGUAUUUUUAUAGGUAGAUAUCUUGCCUCUUCAGUUGAAGAUAGACUAAUGAUAUAUUUGCGAUAUAUAACGCAAAAUAUUGUUACAUAAACAAUAAACCUCCUCGAUCACA